GGGGGCAGAUCGGAACUUAAAAGAUGUCAUCUUCCCACUUCGUUCACACCAUGUACAUCUGAUUUCUUUUUCUCGCCUUGGUAUGGAGCUGCGGUAGAUAUUUGGAACCAGCUUCAUUGUCGUCGCUUCGUUGGGCCUGGGAAUAUCACCCGCAGUAUAUGACAAAACCGACAUGUCGCCGAUUUUAUAUCCCCGUACGGCAGAUGAUGUGUUCGACACACAGAUAGAUUCUCCACCAGAAGCAAGAGAAGCUACCACUAAUGGCAACACGAUGGAACCGUGGUUGAUAGUCGUCAUCGUCAUCGGGGCGCUCAUCUUAACAUCACUAUCCGUCUUUCUAAUAAUCCACUUUUCGAGAAGACGGCAGCGGAUUGUGCAUCAUGUCUACCAAGACCCGUUGAGUCAAAAAGUCCGCCACAAGCGGAAUAGGAGCGAGACGGACCGGCUAGCGGCGGAGGAAAUAGAACGGGCUGCGAUGAUACGGAAGUCCCUAGCAAGUCGGACAUCUUCGUGGGGCGGGAACAGUCUGAGAGAAUCAGGAAUCUCGGAUUAUCAGAUGGACGAAUUCGACAGGCCAUCACAAGAGGAACGUCAACCGAUGGCGCCGAGGGAAAAUUGGAAGGAAUUGGAAGCCGGGGCUCAAGGAGGGAGAGCGACGCCCGGCGUGCACGAUACGGAGAUGGGAAUCCACCCGGCCCUUCUGCCACAACCUCAGCUAGCGUUUCCGCAACCGUCGAGAGGACCAUCGCCGAUUCGGGGGCCGCAACCACCACGGUUGAUCAUUCCUUCGUAAUUGGAAUACGAGUUCCUAUGUCGAAAUUUAAACCGUCACACUAUUUCUCAUUAGUCUCAUGUCGUCUGGGUAUAGAUGAUACUGGAAGGACCGGGGAUUUCAUUCGGUUGAUACCACGGGCAGCAUUGCAUCGGCGUUCAAGGGAUGGAAUAAGGUUAUUCUAUUAUUACUAUGGAUCAUAGUAUCUAUGAUAAUGAUCGAAAUCUCAAUUCAAGCGAUAUGGCAGUUGGUGUUGAGAUGUGAGAAGUAUGAUGAUAUUGCAUAUGAUUCUUAGAUCAACUGGCUGUUAGAACAACUCCUUGUGCCUAAUCUAAAUCUUAAUAACACUGUGAAGGUAUCAG